AUGGUGUUUGACGGAGAAGCGGCGGCGUCGUUGGUGAAGGAGCUGAGGUUGAACUUCAAUUCCGGUAAGACAAAAAGUUAUGAAUGGAGAAUAUCACAUGUGAAUGCUUUUUUGGAGAUGGUUGUUGAACAAGAGGAUCAAAUUGUUGAAGCUCUUCGUUCUGAUCUUGCUAGACCACCACUUGAAACUGUUGUCUAUGAGAUUGGUGUGUUUAAAAACUCAUGUGAAGUCACGCUAAAGGAAUUGAAACAAUGGAUGACACCAGAAAAGGCUAAAACUUCCAUCACAACUUUUCCUUCUUCAGCUGAAAUAGUACCUGAACCACUUGGUGUUGUGUUAGUCAUAUCUGCAUGGAACUAUCCAUUUUGUAAGUUCACCUUUGUGUUGUCCCUCGAUCCAGUUGUUGGAGCUAUAGCAGCUGGUAAUGUUGUGGUUCUAAAACCAUCAGAAAUUGCUCCAGCCUCCUCUGCACUGCUGGCAAAAUUGUUAGGGGAGUACAUGGAUAAUUCAUGUGUAAGAGUUGUGGAGGGUGCAAUUGAUGAAACUACUGCAUUGUUGCAACAAAAGUGGGACAAAAUUUUAUAUACCGGUAAUGGAAAAGUGGGAAGGAUAGUAAUGGCUGCGGCUGCAAAACACCUUACACCAAUUAUUCUAGAGCUUGGAGGAAAAUCUCCAACUGUUGUUGAUUCAAAUGUGAAUUUAGAGGUUACGGCUAGGCGGAUAAUUUCAGGCAAGUGGGGAUGCAACAACGGACAAGCCUGCGUUGCUCCUGAUUACAUUAUAACAACAAAAGACUUUGCUCCCAAAUUGGUAGAUGCCUUAAAAACGGAAUUAGAAAAUUUCUUUGGAAAGAAUCCAUUAGAAUCAGUUGAUUUGUCGCGCAUUGUGAGUUCUAACCAUUUUGCUCGCUUGACAAAGCUCUUGGAUGACAAUAAGGUUUCUGGCAAUAUUGUUUGUGGAGGUCAAAAGGAUGAAAGCAAAUUGAGGAUUGCUCCGACUCUUUUAUUAGAUGUUCCACGAGAUUCUCUUAUAAUGAGUGAGGAGAUCUUUGGUCCAUUGCUUAUCAAUGACACUGUCUUACAUCUUGUGGUUCAUACUUUCCCAUUUGGGGGAGUUGGCGAGAGUGGAAUGGGUGCAUACCAUGGAAAAUUCUCCUUUGAUGCUUUUACUCAUAGAAAGGCAGUUCUUUAUCGCGGUUUUACAUGCGAUGGAUCAAUAAGGUACCCACCUUAUACUGAUACAAAACAGAAAACGAUGAAGACUCUAGUCGCGGGUGAUGUUAUUGGUGUAGUCCGUGCUCUUUUUGGAUGGUCCUAGGCUGAAAAUAUAUUUACAAAUGUGGCACAUUGAUUCGUUCUGAUUUUAUUGUAUUUUAUUGUGCACAUUGAUUUCAU